AUGGAAAGUAGCAGAAAGAAGUCUGGUGGUGUUGAAAUUCCCAAGAGAAACCGCUCGUUGGAUCUUAAGGGAGACUGUGAAUCUCAAUUUUCUAAAGCAGGAGGGAAUAAGAGGAAAAUUUCCAGUGAAUGUGACGUGGCAGACGUUACGAAGAAGAAGAGGAAGAUCCCAAAGGAGGUUCCUUUGAGUUCUUUUGUAUCUGAUGCUAAGAAAAGUAGGAAAAUGGAUGAUGGGAAUGGAUCGAAAUCCAAGCUGGGUUCCAGAGAAAAACCAGAUGCCGAUAGUAAGAUAGUGCACGGUGUCGCAUUACCUUUGGGGGGUAGUGGAAAUUCAUUUCAUAUUCCUAAGCGGCCACGUGGUUUGGUAGGGCGGAAAAGGCCGGAAAGCGAUAAAGGUUCUGAGUCACGGAGAGUUUCCAUUUCCGUUGACUGUGUGAGAUCACUUACAGAAGUGACUAAAUUGGAUAGUCAAAGUAGCUCUAAUGAUCAAUCUGUUAGAUCAGCUGCCCAUUCGGCACAUAACAAUGGCACUUCAAAUACUAGAUUAUCAGGGAAAUUAGUUUCAAAUACCAAGUGUAAGAAGAGGCCUGAUUCUAAACCCAAAAACGAGUCCACUAUUUCAAAUGUGAAACUGAAUCAAAUAGUGGAAGGUGAUGAAGUGAAGAGGAGAAGUGAUUGGCGUAUAGCGAAGAAAGGCAAGCGAGUUGUAAAUAACGGAAAUGUGUCUAGGAAGAAAAAGGACUUGGAUGAUGGCCGAGAUCGAGUUGAGGCCUCAACUAGGGAACCCGUGCCCACAUCAUAUGGUACAGUCUCGAAUAGUCUCGCCACUAAUGGCCUAGAUGAUGAGGAUGAUGAAGAUGAUGAGGAGAACCUUGAAGGGAAUGCGGCUAGGAUGCUAUCAUCUAGAUUUGAUCCUAGUUGUACUGGUUACUCGUCAAAGAUGAAAUUGUCAGCAUCUCAAAGGGCUACUGAAUUGAAUGGGAACUCUGUCAGUCUAAAAGUGGAGGCUACUUCUGGUGGUGAUAACUUGAGAUCGCUUAGACCCAAAAGAGGAAAUAAUGGCAUUGUUGUGUCGAAGAAACGCCGUCAUUUCUAUGAAGUCCUUGGCCAGGAUGUGGAUCCUCACUGGGUUUUGAAACAGAGGAUCAAAAUAUUCUGUCCGCUGGACGACCGUUGGUACGGGGGAGUUGUGAAAAAGUACCGCUCGAAAGCAAACCUUCAUCACAUAAAGUAUGAUGAUAGGGAUGAAGAGUGGGUUAAUCUAAAAGAGGAGAGAUUUAAGCUCUUGCUUCUACGUAGUGAGGUUCCUGGAAAAGUAAAUUCUCGAGACCAAGUUUCCAGGGACAAAAAUUUACACACAGAGCAAAUAGUAUCACCGGCAGAGGAUGAAAGCAGCAUUGGAAACUCUCUUGAUUCGGAGCCUAUUGCAUUGUGGCUGGCCAAACAAUCUCUACGUGUCAAGUCUUUACCGAAAUCUUCAAAAAGGCUGAAAACAUCAGAAGGUGACUUUCCAUUUGUCUCGUCAUUGAAAUCUGAGAAAACUAAUGUCUUGAAUGAUGAUGUGAAAGGUUCAGACAUUACUGGAAAUAGAACAUUUUGUGAGUGUGCAUCUGCAGAUAAUUCGCUCGGUUUUGGAGGCGUUGAUAAAUCCCUGCCGGAAGUUAUCUCAAAAAGUGACAAACAUUUGGUUUACGUGAGGAAGAAAAAUCAGAAGAAAUUCGCACGGAGUAAUUCUGUGUUUAGUGCCAAAGCAUGUAGUCCUACUCAAGAGCCUGCUGGUCCUCUUGCACCUGAUGACUUUUGCUUGCCAACAAGUAAAUUGGAUAGGUUAAAUAGUGGGCAUGUAAGUGCCGACAAAGGACUUUGGGCAUUUGGUGAGAAACGCCAACUGACAUCAUAUAAUACCUUGCUGGAGUUGAAAGAAUUUAGAUUCCAGAUAUGCCUCCCCUUAUUUCCAUGGCUGGAGUUUUCAUGUAGAAGAGUGUUGUUUCGGCUGUUUUAUGACAUAUUUUGGCUUCAACAUGGAGUGAUUGUGAUUACCUCUCCUUCUGUUAUCUUUGAGUUACUUCUUAUUGAUGAUAACCUUGGCUUAAGACUUCUCCAAUAUGAAGGCUGCCUGAAACAGGCUUUAGCCAUUGUUUUCAAAAUUUUGAGUGUCUUUGGUCAGUAUGAUGAGCAGUGGAAUGAUGACGAAAAAUUACCUGCCACAUCAAUUACAUUCCGACUUUCCAGUGUUCAUGAUCAACAGAAGCAGCAUGUUUUUUUUGCUUAUUGUUUCUCCAAACUGAAGAGGUCAAUGUGGCUUUACCUGGAAUCGAAGAUUCUGCAACAAUGUCAUUCCAUUAAACAUUUACGCCUUUCUGAGUGCACAGAUGACAACUUAAAGGAACUUGACUAUCGAAUUCUUCAGCCUCUUCAAUCUCGCAUUGGUUUCAAGCUCUUGUCAAGUGAGGAUUUCAAGAAGAAACGUGAGGGGCAGUCAGAAGCCUGUAAUGUGAGGAUGAGUCCGUCACCUCCCAGCUUAACUGCAGAGCCCAGAAAAGUUCCUCAAUCACCAUUGCCCUUUCUCAAUUUGCAUCUCCAUUCGCUUAUGCAAAAUAGUCUUACCCAUGCACAAGUGUCAACUGAACAAAAUCGUGACCAACCCAUUGCAGAAUGUGCUCCAUUUAAGCUCAGCUCAAACAAUUUUCAAAAUACCCCUUCAGGAAAUGAAAUCAACCAAUCUGAUGCAGAUGACUUUGUUCUAAACUCCAGCCAUAUGGGAUUCAAAAGUUCGUCCAAACGUGGUAAAAGCAGCAAGAUUUCCUUUCCUCUUGGAAUCGGAUCACCUGUCUGGUCCAGUGGUAAACCGAACUUCAUGCCUGGACCCAAAAAGCCACGCACGCAGGUUCAAUACACAUUGCCUUUGGAGGGCUAUGAUACCAGCAGAAAGCAAGAAAUGUCCAGCUCAUGGUCUAUACCUUUCAAGAGGAUCAGGAAAGCUAGCAUGAGGGCACCUGAUGUUUCAGGGCAUGAGAAAAAUUUGGAAUUGCUGUCGAGCUCUGUGAAUGUUUUGGUCACCAAUCAGGACAGAGGAUGGAGAGAAUGUGGUGCCAACGUUUCCUUGGAAGUUGCCAAUGACAACGAAUGGAGAUUAGCAGUCAAGCUGUCUGGGGUUACAAGAUUCUCGUACAAAGUCAAACAUGUUCUGCAGCCUGGAUCAGCCAACCGCUACACACAUGCUAUGAUGUGGAGAGGGGGAAAAGAUUGGGUGCUCGAAUUUCCUGAACGAGGCCAGUGGAUGCUUUUCAAAGAGAUGUAUGAGGAGUGUUAUAAUCAGAAUAUUCGUGCGGCCUCCGUGAAGAACAUCCCCAUCCCUGGGGUCCGCCUGGUUGACGAGUACGAUGAUUGUGGGCACCAGGCUUCAUUUGUUCGGAAUCCGGUAGUGUACUUUCGUCAGGUUCAGUCUGAUGCCGAGCUGGCAAUGGACCCCUCUCGUGUUCUAUAUGACAUGGAUAGCGAUGAUGAGCAGUGGUUGAUAGAACAAAAAAAAUGUGCUGACAAACAUAUAUCUGAACAAUUAUCUGACAACUUCUUGGAAACGGCAAUGGACAUGUUUGAAAAAGUUGCAUAUUCCCAGCAUCGUGAAGACCUCACUGAUGCUGAAGUUGAGGAGCUAGUGGUUGGAGUGGGGUCCAUUGAAGCCGGUAAACUCAUAUAUCAACACUGGAGAAGGAAGAGGGAAAAAAUGGGCAUGCCUUUGAUAAGACAUUUCCAGCCGCCUCCUUGGGAGAGGUAUCAGCGACAGUUAAAGGAGUGGGAACAAAAUGUUGCUCAUGGCAAUUGUAUAGCCUCAUUUGGUGGUGCGGAUAAGGACAAACCACCAAUGUUUGCUUUCUGCUCGAAACCACGCGGCUUGGAUGUGCCUAACAGAGGCUCAAAACAUCGGUCUCACAGGAAAUUUACAAGUUCUGGAAACCACCAUGCUUUCUUAGGGGAUCGGGACAGUCUUGUUUAUGGGAGAAGAACAAAUGGGCAUGCUUUUGGGGGCCGUGACGUUUUAUACAUGAACAGCAUACAUGAAGUUUCUGACAUCCCACUCUACCCUUCAGCAAGGGUCUGGUCCCCACGAGACGAGCAUUACUCAUCGACUGCUGUUUGGAAAGUUAACCGCAAGAUUUCCAAGAAUAAGCACAAAAGGCUUAUAUCACAUCUUUAUUCUCACAGCCAGCAGGUGACGCCCCACAACCACAUGACAAUGGGGUACAAAAAUGGAGUCCGGUCGUGGGACUUAAAGCAGCUCGACAUUUCUAAUCUCGAUGAGUUUCAUUUGCGCGAUGCGUUAGGUGCUGUUCAAUAUACAUGCAAAAUGGCCAAGUUUAAGAGAGAGAAGGCACAACAUUUGAUUUGCAAAGCAGAUAUAGCUAUCCACAAAGCUGUAUCCUCUCUAAUGAAUGCAGAGGCUAUGAAAGAUUCUUUUGAAAACUUGAAUUAG